AUGCAACCGACGGUGAAUGAAGGAGAUUAUCUAAUUGUAGAGAGGUUGUCAAUCAUUUCCGGAUAUAUUAAAAGAGUAAAGGGUUUGGAGGAUGAUCGAAUCACCUUUUGGGAUAACAGCCGAUGGGAAAUUAUUGUAAAAGAGGUACCUCUUGGUCAUGUUUGGCUUGAAGGUGAUAAUGCAUUACGUUCACUAGAUUCAAGAUCGUAUGGACCUGUUCCUGUAUCUCGUUUAGAAUAUAAAGUUUUACUACGUGUUUGGCCAUUAAAACAAUUUGGACGUCUUAAAACUCCUAAAUCUGUUACUUGUAAAUCUGAUGAACCCAAUGAUCUUGGAUUUGUACAACUUUCAGUAAGACAAAAUGAUCAGUAUAAAAGUGAUCAAGAUUUACGAUAA